UGAGGGCCGAGGGCUGAGGGCUGAGGGCCCAGGGCUGGUCAGGGUCCCUGAGCAGGAUCAUCCUAUCUAGUCCAGCCUAGAGGGCAAGAGGAGUCAUGUGUUGGCUGAGGGCAUGGAGCCAGAUUCUCCUGCCGGUAUUCCUCUCGCUAGCGCUCAUUCAACUGUUUAUCAGUUUCUCUGACCAUACAUUUACUAAAACUCACAAUCACUGGAAACGGCAGUUAGAAGCAAAAAACGUUGAAAUGGAAUGUGCUCAAAAGCAAAACUGUUCAUUGUGUACCAAAGACAAGAGAUGUAUUUGGUGCCUAGAAGAAAAAGUUUGCAAAAAGUACUGUUUCCCAUAUUCUGACUGUAAAUUCAAUUCUAUAUUUUGGGCAAACUGUAGAGUUGACCUGUUUGGAAUCAUGAUGCUGAUACUGGUUGCAUUAUUAGCAGUAGGAUUCUUGUGGUAUUGCCUCGCCUAUUACUUAUACAUGCAGGAGUAUGUCAUUUUAUAUUUCCUAAGAAUUCACUUUGGGAUGAUAGCACUGAAAAAUACACUGAGAUAG